UCUCUCUCUUCAGUCUCUCCUCAGGUGUCUCUGCUGAAGAAGUCUUCCUCGUCUCCAGUAGUGUGUCAUGCUACAGGAUUUUACCCCAAAGAAGUAACAAUCUCCUGGAUGAAGAAUGACCAGGAGCAUCAUGAGGAUGUGGAGGUUGGUGAACUUCUUCCUAAUGAGGACGGGACCUUUCAGAAGACGAGCACCAUCACAGUUACUCCUGAAGAGCUGAAGAACAACAAGUUCAGUUGUGUGGUGGAGCAUCAGGGUGAAACCAUUACAGCGAAGGAGAUCAGGACUAACCCGGAACAAGCACAGACAGCAGAUGGAAAUGAAGAAGCUGAAGUCUCUACUCAAGAUGCCCUCACUCUCGCCGUUAAGGACGUGGCAGCUGGCCUACGGGAAAUAAACCAGUCACUGAAUAAACUGAUAGCAUUGCUUGCCAGUAACAGAAGUGCAUAAAUGUGAAAUUAAUAUUCAUUAAAACUUUUUUGCAAUCGUAAAAACACUAUUACAAAUGCCAUUUGCUCAAUUAUAUAAUGUGCACUACAGCAAACUACAAAAUCUAUUAAAACAUAUCUAAAAUGAGAUUAUAUACCAUUAUAAACAUUGUAUCAACUAAAGGUGUGCUUGAAGCACUGCUUUUUCUGGUGCGUGCAUGUCAUCAGCGUGCCACAACAUUUAGUAUGUUACAGCUUGCAUCACAGAAUUAUUAUUAUUAUUAUUAUUUUCUCUUGAUCUGAAACCUCAAAUGCUGAAUGUUGGUUAAGAGUUUACUAUAAGUAAAAACCUUUGAGCAUCAUUAGAAAUAGACAAAUUUCACAUGGAUGUUCUUACUGGUUUUAGUAAGAGUUUACUACAUGAGAAUUGUUCAACACAGUCAAUGACCAUGUAUUGUGCAAAUCAUUCAAAGGUCAAAAAGUUACAUGUACUUGUUUAUAUAGAGAACAUUUACAAUCUUUAUAGUGAUUGAUGAGCCGUUAUUCUGUAUCAUUACACACGGCCUGACACUCACCAUUUUUCCCCAAUUCAUGCCUUUUUCUUUCCCCCUCAGUUAUGUUUUCUGUACCUCUUUUAUACCACUCAUCUACCUUUCUUCUAGUUCUGUAUAAUAUUAGAGAAACUUCGAUGUUUUGAUGAAAUGGAUGUUAAAGCACUUGUGUUCUUAAAUGGCUUUUUAAAA